AUGCAGGCACGAAGCCCAAGUGGGAAGGAGGAUGGGGCAGGGCUGGUGGCAAAGACCCGUGUGUGCCGCCUCAGCCGCGCCACCGUGUCUCCAGUUAGACUGGGGGCAGCAGAGCCCUCACACACGGUGGAGGGAGCCAGCAAGCAGGAGCCAGCGGGGAAGGGACAGCCGAUGGAGCCUAAGCCUGGCCAUGCCAGUGCCACGCAGUGUCUGCGGGCUGGACAGCUCAGCCUGAAGACGCAGAGCCCAGCCCAUCCAGGGGAGGGUGGGGCCAGCAGCUGGAUACUGGGUGCCAAGGACAGGCCCCGGGAUCUGUCUCAGCCAGGUCCCCGCGGUGGACACUCAUCCUCUUCCUCAAGGUGCUGCAGCAGCCUCAAGGCUGUGACCGGCGUGGUGGAGACCAUCCAGUUCUUCCUCUCCGAGGCACUGCUGGGCCGGCACUUCCAGGCAGUGGAGCUGGGGGGCCGAGAGCCGAGGCAGGGGGACCUCUUCCUGUUCCACCUGCAGAGACCCGGAGCCGCCUGGCUGGGGGCCCACGUGGGCGUGUACUGCGGCCAGGGCGAGAUCAUCCACUUCGAGGGCCGGGCCCCCGAGACCCCCGAGGCCCCCGGGCCGGGCUGGCUGGGCUGGUGCGAGGGCGUGGUGAGCAAGCAGGGCCGCCGUCCGCUGCUGCGCUCCCGCAGGCUGUGGCUGGUGCUGCGGAGGCGCGGCGGCGUGGACCCGGGCGGCCUGCAGCGCCGAGUGCGGGAGGCCAUGGAGGCCGACCCGCCGCGCUACCACCCUGCGCACAGCAACUGCCUGCACUUCGCGCUGCGCCUGCUCGGGCCCCCGCCCCCGCCCCCCGGACAGGUGAGGCCCCGGCCCGGCCCGCCUGUUCUCGUCGCCCCUCUGGCGCCAGCUCCCCCUUUGUGGCCCCUCACUCCCCCUCCACGCCCGGCCUGA